AUGUGUGGGAUAUUGGGAAUAGUGUUGGCAAACCAACACAUCAAUGUUGCGCCGGAGCUAUUUGAAGGGGCUAUGUUUUUGCAGCACCGUGGACAAGAUGCCGCCGGUAUUGUCACUUGUGGGAACAAAGGUCGGUUGUACCAGUGCAAGGGUAACGGUAUGGCUCGCGAUGUUUUCACUCAACAGAGAAUGCAGAAUUUAGUGGGCAACAUGGGCAUUUGUCACUUGCGUUACCCCACCGCGGGAUCGAGUGCAGGUUCAGAAGCCCAGCCUUUUUACGUCAACAGUCCCUAUGGUAUUACUAUGAGUCACAAUGGGAAUUUGGUCAACUCGAUCGAAUUAAGGGCCUAUUUGGAUGAGGUUGUCCAUCGUCACAUCAACACGGAUUCAGACUCGGAGUUGUUAUUGAAUGUUUUCGCUGCCGAGUUGGACAAGUUUAACAAGAGUAGGGUCAACAACGGAGACUUGUUUACUGCCUUGACCAAGACCAUGGAGAGAAUUAGGGGUGCGUACGCCUGUGUCGCCAUGUUGGCCGGUUAUGGUAUCAUUGGAUUCAGAGACCCCAACGGGAUCAGACCGCUAUUGAUUGGUUCUCGAGAAACCGAGAAUGGAGAAAAGGAUUACAUGUUGGCUUCGGAAAGCGUUGUUUUGCAAGCUCAUGGCUUUAGCAAAUUUCGCGAUUUGAACCCUGGUGAAGCGGUGAUUAUCAAAAAAAGCGGCGUUCCUGAAUUUAAACAAGUUGUCGAACCCAAGAUCUUUGCUCCGGAUAUUUUUGAAUACGUCUAUUUUGCUAGACCCGACUCGGUCUUGGAUGGCAAGUCGGUGUAUAGAUCGAGGAUUGAAAUGGGGAUCAAGUUGGCCGAGAAGAUUCAGAGAAUCAUGGAUAAGAAUGACAUUGAUGUCGUUAUCCCAGUUCCAGAUACCGCAAGAACUAGUGCGUUCCAAUGCUCGGUGUCGUUGGGUGUCCCUUACAGAGAAGGGUUUGUCAAGAAUAGGUACAUUGGAAGAACUUUCAUCAUGCCCAACCAGCAAGAGAGGAGGUCCUCGGUGCGCAGAAAAUUGAACGCUAUGGGCUCCGAGUUUGAAGGAAGAAAUGUGUUGCUUGUGGAUGACUCAAUCGUGAGGGGCACAACGUCAAAGGAAAUUGUGCAGAUGGCUAGAGAAGCUGGCGCUAAAAAGGUGUUUUUCGCUUCGUGCUCUCCGCCAAUCAGAUUCAACCAUAUAUACGGUAUCGACUUGGCCGAUACCAAGGCCUUGGUGGGAUUCAACAGAACAGAUGAGGAAAUUUCAAAAGUCAUAGGCGCCGACAAGGUGAUUUACCAAGACUUGGAAGAUCUUGUUGAAUGCUGCAAGACUGCCACGAUCAAGGACUUUGAAAUCGGGGUGUUUACCGGCAAUUAUAUCACGGGCAUUGAAGAUAACUAUAUUCAAGAGUUGGAGAAAAUCAGAGCUCAGAAUCAAAGACUAGAAGAAAUGCAGAAAUCGGGCUCCUUGAAUGGAUUCAGUGUUGACGCUUGUAUUGACCAGAGUGAGUUUGUUGAUGUCAAAGCCGAGGUUGAUAUCAGCAUAUAUAACGGAGGCGAUCAUUGA